AUGAAGACCCCGUUUGGAAAGGCAGAUGCAGGGCAGCAGUCCAAAACAGGCACAGGUGAUGCAAGUGUGUCUGUUACCGUGAUGAAGAGAAAGGUUGCCCACAAGCAGCAUAGGAGCAGACCCACCUCCCAGCCUCGGAGGAACAUCGUGGGCUGCAGAAUUCAGCAUGGAUGGAAGGAUGGAGAUGAACCUCUGACACAGUAGAAGGGAACUGUUUUGGAUCAGCUCUUAGAUGAUUAUGAAGACAGUGACCUACACAUUCUUCCAGAUUCCCCUGAUUCUCUUCCCUCAGAGAGGGAGCCAGGAGAAGUCAUAGACAGCUUAGUAGGCAAACAGGUGGAAUAUGCCAAAGACGAUGGCUCCAAGAGAACAGGCAUGGUUAUUCAUCAGGUAGAAGCAAAGCCCUCUGUGUACUUCAUCAAAUUUGAUGAUGAUUUCCAUAUCUAUGUCUAUGAUUUGGUAAAAACAUUUUAGAGAUCAUCUUGAAAAUUGCCACAUAUGUGAGACUACUUGUAAAAUUUGUGCACGCAGAAAGUCUUGAUUGCUUACCAAUUUAUAAGAACCAUCUUCUCCCUUUUUGCAUGCUUUUGC